AUGUCUGAAUCCAAGGACCAAAUCAACAUCCAGGCAUCUGGGAUGGACCAUCUCGCUACAGGUCGUUGGGCACACAAAGGUCUUCCCAGGCGGAAGACUCCGAGCACCCCCGCGGAGCCUGCGGACCAGGUCAAUGAACAAAAGAAAGGCUCCUUCGCCUACUUCAAGACCAAGGAAUUCUAUAUUACUGUGAUCCUAGGUCAACUUCUCGCCAUCGCCAAUACCUCGACAGGUACCUUCACAACACUGAUGGGCCGUGAGGGCUGGGCAAUCCCUGCGUUCCAAACCUUCUUAAACUAUGUGCUUCUGAACGCCAUUUUUACUCCUUAUACGAUGUACCGUUACGGCCUCAAGGGCUGGUUCCGACUAGUGUACCGUGACGGCUGGAAAUACAUCAUCCUUGCUUUCUGCGACGUGGAAGGCAAUUACUUUAUCGUGCUGGCAUACAAAUAUACAACCAUGCUAAGUGCGCAACUGAUCAACUUCUGGGCCAUUGUUGUCGUCGUGGCAAUCUCAUUCACCUUCCUCCGUGUGCGCUACCACUUUACUCAAAUACUAGGUAUCGUGAUUUGUAUCGGUGGUAUGGGUGUCCUCAUUGCCUCGGAUCACAUCACCGGUGCCAACGGCGGAAACAUUUCUUCGGGCAACCAGCUUAAAGGCGACCUCUUCGCGCUGUUGGGCGCUUCCUUCUACGGUCUCACCAAUACAGGAGAGGAGUACUUCGUCAGCACUCGGCCGGUAUACGAAGUACUAGGACAGAUGUCUUUCUUUGGAAUGAUCAUCAACGGCGUGCAGGCGGGUAUCUUCGACCGGACCGCCUUCCACAAUGCGCACUGGAACGGCAAAGUUGGCGGGUAUCUCACUGGCUACACGCUCUGUUUGAGUUUGUUUUACUGUCUCGCUCCGCUGCUGUUCCGGCUCUCGUCCGCCGCCUUCUUCAACGUCUCCAUGCUCACCAUGAACUUCUGGGGUGUGAUCAUUGGCGUUGAGGUCUUCCACUACCGUAUCCAUUGGAUGUACCCGAUUGCCUUUGUUCUUAUUAUCAUUGGUCAACUCAUCUACUUCCUUGCGCAGAAGGUUCUGAGCGAAGCCCGCAAGCCCUGGCUGGGGACCAACCAGGAGCGUGGUGUUGUUGGCCUCUUCACUGCGAAGAGGAAGAUCGUGCAUGCUGUCCCUGCUCCUGCAGAAUACAGCGAUCAUGAUCCGGAGCGCACUUUGCCAGCGAAUACCAGCGCGGUCUGA